AUGACACUCAAACAUCUUCCCGUUGCCAUCGCGGCCACCUUGGCAUAUCUUCAGGGAGUCCAAGCUGGCAAUCCCUUCGCUUUCUGCACAGAUAACAAGUGCGAAAAGUGCCCUGUCUCCGUUACAAGUGAUGGCACAGGCUACCCCAACUGUGUCGUCUACGAGAGCAAAGACAUCUUUCCAGGCCAAGGCUUCACAGGCUCCAAGGGAGGUGGCUACGCCCCGUUCAUAAACAUCGAAGAGCCAGACCACGGCUGCUCCGUAAUCAUCAAGUCCCCGGCAGACACCGACAUCCAAGGCUGCGGCUACCCCAUCGGCUCCUUCAAGCACGCAGCCUGUGCAGCCGUCAACCUCGACAAGACAUUCAUGGUCCAAUUCUGUUGCGGCUCUGGAGACUGUGAAGCAGCCGGUGCAUCUAAGCGCUCCUCCCGCUUCAAUCGAGCAUACCUUGAAGGUCGUGCUGGCGGAGGUGGCGGCGUAUACCUUCAAGACCAGGACGGCAAUGUCAUCAAGCCGCUCAAGGAAGGUCCUCCCAUCAAUGCAAGAUCCCUGCUGAAGGGGGAGCAUAAAAGGCAGGCUAUAAAGCCUCCUCAUCUACAGACACGCAAGGACAAGGGUCGAUGUGAUGGUGACUGGAAACCCGACAGUGAUGCAACAGAUAAGUACACCAAGCCUUCAGAGAAGACAACCGUUGUGGCGAACGACGUAGACGGUGGUUCCGGUGGAACAACCAUUACUAUCACGGCUGAGAGAUCGCAGUCGUGGACGAAUGGGACAAACUUUGACUUUGGAAUCGCAGACAUCCUAAGUCUGGGGGCGAGCAUUUCAAAUUCGUUUACCGAAGAAAAGAGCGAUACCAGGUCCAAGGCGUUUUCUGUCCCUGCUGGACAAAGUGGUGAUGUUGGAUUCACUGCGUUUUUGGUGUGCACCAAGGGUUCUGGUACUUGCGAUGGUAAAAAGGUUUCGGGAGAGAUUUGCAUGCCCAAGGUUACCGAGGAUGAUGGGCUAGAUGGCAUCACCGCCGUCAUUGCACAUAGCUAG